AGUCACGAAUGUAAACUUCCUGUCCGACCUCCGAACGUUGGGUGAAAGCUGACAUUUGUCAUCGCCGACGUCAGUAUCCUGCGAAGACAACAUGCUAGUCUCGCGAGUGGGAACGAUCGCUUGUAUAUACGUGACACUGACCGGAGAGAGACCAGUCCACCGUUGGCCAGCGACCGGUCCGGGGUGCGCCCCGGCCGGCUCUGCCUCAGAGUCAGCGAGGAAAGACAGGGGCUCACCCGCGACCCGAAUGAGGACGAGCGCUACACAAAGUGGGACGAACGGGUGUCGAAUUGUGCUUUAAUCAUGCUCAAUAAACAGAAUUAAGAAUCACAGGAAAGUCACAACAGUCUUUUUUUUUUUUUGUCUGGCCAUUAGGGGGAGACAACGUUGGCAUAAAAAGGCAACUGACUGGCAGGUACGGUCCUCAUCGUCUCCGUCGGAAAACUCCUUGGAACAUUUUCGCGUCCUCUCGUUGCGUGGCAACGUCCAACGCAGAGUUCGAUCAACAAGCCAUCAAGAAGAAAAAAAAGAUUCAUCGCGCACAGGAACUUUGCUGUCGGGCUGGCUCGGCUCUCUCAAGCAGAUACGAGUAGAGCUUGCUUGCGAGCCGUGAAGACCGCCUGAAAAAAGCAGGACGGGCUCGUGGCUGUGGUGACAACGGGCGGGGCAAAACCUUUGUCCGUGCCGGGUGACGCUGCAAACAUCAGGAGCCGUCGACACUUCCUCCCGCUGCGUUGACACCGAGACCAACCGGCACCGUUUUUUGACAUGUGACCAAGAGGUCGUCAACAAGCAGGUAAGAUGAAGGACAAUUAUCCGAUUGUCCUCUGACGGACACCGAGAAUUCGAGGAGGGUGGAAGUGACGUCUGCAGCGACAUCAAAAGUUCGCAACAAGAUCCUGAGAAAGUAGCACAAGCCGAGGAUGAAGCUGAAACGAACAAAUGGGUUCAGAGUUUGAAAAAUGUUUCUUGAUGAUUGGCGGCAACGGGACAACCGGGCCAAUCAACUCGUCAUGGAAACAGCAAAGUUGUUUGGUGUUGAGGAGCGGACGGACAAAUAAAAAUAAGAAUAGCUCCUCGGGAGAAGCGCCCCUGACCAGUUAUUAAUAACUAACGCGGUUGCUGCCGCUCGAGCGGCAGGAUUCUCGGAGUCUGAGUCACCGGCCGCUUUCAUCGACAACAUCAGCACAAGCCCCCGACGGCCCCCCGAUCGCCCGCCCCGGGACGCUCGGGAUGCCGACGUUGUUUAUCGCGCGGCGCUCGAGCGGCUUGGAUCGUGUCGUGCCUUUGGCGAAAGACUUUCUGAUCGUUUUCUGAUCGCGAAUCCAGCAGGUCAGCACGCGACCCAGGAAGGGCACGAUGGAGGGCCAAGACGAUGGAUCCGAGAAGCCAAAAUCCAAAGGCCGCGCCAGACGGCAAGAGGAAACGACAGCAGAACCUUCGAGGAAGAGGAAGGCCAAAGUCCAACGAGAGGAGGACGGCACGUCUGAGCAGGAAAGCCCAAAUGUCAAGUUGUCCAAGAAGAAUUUGCUCCAGCUGCUGGGAAUCAUGGAAGGCGAAGUGCAGGCCCGAGAGGACGUCAUCCGUCUGCUGAGGUCUGAGAGAGGCGGACCCGAGGAGCUGGCGUCCCGUUACGGACGGGCCGUUCCCACCAACGCGCUGCGGUCCCUGCGGAGGGACGACUGCGUGUUCGCCCGCCGCCGCCCCGCGGACGACGUGUACGAGAAGCCCAUGGCUGAGCUGGAGCGUCUCGAGGACAAGCAGAGGGAGACGUACCGCCGCAUGCUGGAGCAGCUUCUUCUGGCCGAGAAAUGUCACCGGCGCACCGUCGCCGAGCUGGACGGCGAGAAGAGCAAGCACGCCGACUUCAUGGCGAAGAGCGACGACUUCACCAACCUGCUGGAGCAGGAGCGAGACAGACUGAAAAAACUCUUGGAGCAGGAAGAGGCCCGCCGGGCCCGCAAGGACAACGAGCACAGCCGGCGGCUGGGGAAGCUCCAAGCCCAGUUGGCCCAGCUCAAGUCCUUGGCCCUCAUGUUGGCGGAGGAGCGGCGGCUGAACGCCGAGCGACUGGACCUGCGUAGCCGGAAGGUCCGGGAGCUCGCCGGCAAGUUGCGGGACAAAGAGCGGCGGCUGGCGGAGGUCGGCGCCGUCGCCGAGCGGGACGGCCGCAGGGCGCUCCGGCUGGAGGCCGAGCUGGAGCGCGGGGCGGCGACUUCCAAACUUGAGCGGGAGGGGCUGGCGGCCAAACUCUCCCAACAAGAGUCGCAAAGCCGACGGCUGAGGGAGGAGCUCUCCGCGCUCGCCGAGCAGAUGGAAGAGCUGCGGCGGAGCGACGCGCGGCCGCGGCGAUCCGACAAAGACCCGCGGGAUCCGAGGGACGAGAUCAGCGAAGGCCGGCGCGGCGACUCCCGCCCGGCGGCCGAGCCGGAAACCCUCCGGAAGACGCCGUCGGAGAUGGAAGGCGAGGACGAGAAGAUAACCCGGGCCGAGACUCGGUGCCGGGAGCUCGCGGCGAGGCUGCGCCGCGAGGAGAACGGCGGCCGGGAGCUGAGGCGGCAGCUGGACGAGCUGCGGAGGAGAACGGACAACUUGGAGAAACCGCAGGGGGCUUUCGGCAGCGGCCGGGCGGAAUGUUCGCAGCUCCGCGCCGAGCUGGAGGAGGAAAAACGAUCGGCCGGCCGCGCCGACGGGGAGCUGGAGAAGCUCCGACGACGACUCCGCGAGCUGGAGUCCCGGGAGGCCGAGCUGGAGAGGACCGAGAUCGUCCUCAAAGAGGAGCUCGCCAAGCUCAAGUCCCUCGCCGUCACUUUGGCCGACGACAGGAGGAACGCGGCCGAGAGACUGAAAGCGGAAGGAGAAAAAAGAGAGGAGUUGAGUCGCAAGUUGAAAGCCCAGGAAGGCGAGGUGACCCGAGUCUCGGAGAAGCUGAUCGACGAGAGCAAGAAACUCCUCCGGUUGAAAUCCGAGACGGAGGUCCAAGCGACCAGAGCCGGCGAGGAGAACCGCGACCUGAAAGGUCAACUUCAGAGGGAGCGGGAGCAACGUCGGCAGCUCGACGCCGACCUGCGCCGGAUGAAAGCGGCCCUGGAGGAGGCGCGAGAGACGCGCGAAACGCAGGCGGGCCAAAUCAAAGAGCUCGCGCUGGAAAGGGAGACGCUUCGAAGCCGACUGGCGCGACUGGAGGUCGUCGAGGGGGACCUGAUGAAGACCGAGGAUCGCUACGAAGCGCUGGAGAGAAAGUUCAGGACCGAAGAGCAGAGGGCCAAUUCCCUCACCGAGACCGUGGAGGAAAUGACAAGACGGACUCGCCAGCGGGCCAAAGCGGAGGAGGACAAAAGCCGAGAUCGGGAAGUGCACGUUCGGGCGUUGGAGGAGAAGAUCCAGCAACUGCUGGCCAAGGAGGACCAGCUGUCUCUGCUGCAAGCCGAUUACUCUCGACUCCAGCGGAGGUUUCGGGAGGAGGAGGGAAGGGCCGAGAGCUUGGGUCAAGAGGUGGCCGACCUCGGCCGGGAGCUCCAAGCCGGUCGGCGGUGCAGCCGCGCCUCGAGGCCCGGCAUGGCCGACGCCCGGCUCGCGCCGGGGCGAGCGCUUCGCAUCCGGGUGACGCCCGACCCCUCCGACUGCACCGCCACGGUGGAGAUCGCCGGGCCCCGAGCCCGCGACUUCUUUUCCGGCGCCGCCGUUGUCCCGACGCUGGGCCUCGGUCAACCUCGCAUCACCAUCGUCCCGAGGGCCGCCGCCGUCACGUGCGGCGCGGCCGAUCCGGUCCGGUCGCCCGUGACCAUCACGACCGUUUCCAGAGCCGCGAGUCCGGACAAGAGCGACGGCCGCCCGGGCCCGCUGUCCAUCGUCACGGUCAGCACCCGGCCCGCAGCUCCGCCCCAACUCGUGCCGCCAUCGCCGCUCGGUCCCCAGAAGCCGGCCGACGCCGCGGCUGGCCCCGUAUUCGGCGGCAACGUCGUCACCGCGGAGGACAAGAAGAUUCACAUCCGCCUGACCGCCGCAGACGAGCGGGACAAAGACGGCGGCCGGCAAGCCUCGGGCGGCAAAAUGAGCAGCAGCUUAACCAUCACGCCCGUCGCGACCGCCGCCACGUGCAGGUCGGCGACAUCCGUGGCGAGAGCCUGGCGACAACUUUGACCGCACCAAGUCCAGGGGGGGGCAAAAGCACUCCCACCUUCAGUUGGAGGACUCCUCCUUCCAUCGAAGACGGCGGAUGUUGCAUUUCAACGGGAGGGAGCUUGCCGGGAGCGUCGCUUUCUUUUGCCCUGCAAAUUAGCCGCUCCGUUCUUGAAUGCAGAUCAACUUGACAACUCCAAAUAAAAAUCUCCAGCGUCGGGAUGGCGGCGAGCCGGAGCAAAGUUGGCGGGGCGCGUUUUUUUGCGUGGACGUCGGGCCUGGAAUCAGAGGGCGGCGUGCGCCUCCCGCGUCCUUUCUGGUCCAACCCUCGCGGGAAGGCGUCGGUACUUCUCGACGCCGAAUGUCGAUGAGCCGACAAGCGGGGAGACGCGCGCGCGGCGUCUC